UCCGCCCCGCUGCGGACGGGAUGGCCGUCCCCCGGCGAGGGAGGGCACACUGGGCAUGCGGCGCGGGCACGUCCACUCUGGAGGGUGGGCAGGAGCCGCGCUGUGCGGCUCGCAGGCCCGAGCGGCUCCUCCCCUGUCGUUGGUAGCGCCCCCGCGGGAGGCGGUGGUGAGCGGCGCCGCGGCGCGGCGGGCUCGGGGCGCCGGCGCCUCAGCGCGGGGCCAUGAGGCACCUGCCGUACUUCUGCCGCGGGGAGGUGGUGAAGGGCUUCGGCAGGGGCUCCAAGGAGCUGGGCAUCCCCACCGCUAACUUUUCUGAGCAAGUGGUUGAAAGCUUUCCAUCUGAUAUCCCUACUGGUAUAUACUAUGGAUGGGCCUGUGUUGGAAAUGGAGAUGUGCAUAAAAUGGUUUUGAGCAUAGGAUGGAAUCCCUUCUAUAAGAAUAUUAAGAAAUCAGUGGAAACACACAUUAUCCACACCUUCAAAGAAGACUUUUAUGGAGAAAUUCUUAGUAUAGUCAUAACUGGAUACAUUCGACCGGAAAAAAACUUUGAUUCCUUAGAUGCGCUCAUUUCGGCAAUUCAGGAAGACAUUGAAGAAGCAAAAAGACAGCUAGAUCUACCAGAACAUCUUAAACUCAAAGAAGAUAACUUUUUUCAUCUGCCAGAAGGCAAAAUAGUAAACAAUUGCUGAGAAAAACCAUACAGCCUUUUUUUUCUUUCUUUUUUUUUUUUUUUAUUUCUUUGUUGUUUUGAUGGUGUUUUUUGGGUUUUUUUUGUUAUUUUCUCCCCUGGAGUUUUUGUAUUUGCACUGCUCUCAUAGAUACUUUUGUGUCAUGUGUUAGGUGACUGAGAUCAGAACCGACCAUACAAGAUGACUUCAGUUUUCUUUGGUUAAGUCCUCAUUAGCCCAGUCAUAUAAAAGAACGAUAAGGCUGUACUAUGUGAUUAUCAAUAAGCAAUGUACAAUAUAUCCAGGUCUUUGGGGAUCUGAGCACAUUCAGAACAUGACCAAAGUUACUUGAAACUGUGAGGUGUGGUUAGCUCAUUUGAUGAAGAAUGUCUGUUCUUAACAUAAUGUUCUUGUCCCAUUUUCUAUGUCAUUCUUAGAUCUGAGUUUUAGCUUAGAAAUUAUUGGUAUUGACUGACUCAGAAAAUUCGUGUGAUUAGAUAACAAUAGCAAAAUUAAUUCCCUAUAGUUCUUGGUUUUUUAUAUGCUACACAGCUGUUAUGGUUGAAGCUGUUACUUUAAUUGAAAUUAUUUAUUUUGUUUGAAAUGGGAGGAAUCACUGUUGCUCAUUGUGUUUCUAGAAUCUGAACUAUGUUUCUUCACACUUGACUGAACAUAUAUAACAUAUGAUUCUGUACUUUAGUUCUGAAGAGGUGUUUCACGUAAUUUCAAAAAAUGAGUAAAAGCGUGAAAGCUGAUAAUAAGGUUCAGGCAUAAAAGAUGCAGAAACAAUAUUACGAGACUGCUGCUCGUUGCACCUUAGAGGAAAACAGGUAGUGAGAUGCAAAUUUGCAUUUUAUGUGCUGCUGGUAUUUUUCAUUGGAAAAUCUUGAGGUUAUUCACUGCACUGGCAAUAAAAUGUCUGACUUCAAGGUUGGCAUUAUUGUAAGGCACAGAAAAAUCUCAUCAGCACUCUGCGCUAAGUGCAGGUGAGAGCCAAGGUUUUGGCAAACCAACUACAUAAAUACACAAAUGAAAACGUUUGGGGAUUUAUUACAUAAUGUAUCAACACUAUAAAAAAUAUUAGUUAUUUUUUAUAAGUAGCUGCAGACAGUCCUACUCUUAAAUGUGGGGAUACAAGUGAGGGUUAGACUAGAUGAUCUCUGAAGGUCCCUUACAACCCUAACUAUUCUGUGUUAGAUAAGUGGAAGGAGUAUGGUGAGAGUUGAUGGUAAUUUGAAAAAUACUUGGAAAAAGUAUUCUUUUCCUUUGAUAAAUUUUUCUAUCCCUUGGUGAAUGGAAGGAGAUUAGCUACAGUGACUGUCACAAUCAACUUUCUGACAUCACACUGUGGUGUGUCUGGGACAUAUUCUGAAAUUCAAAGUACUUAUUUAAGUAUGUCUCAGCUGUGAUUCUCUGUCUGAACUACAAUGUUCAAUAUGGAACGCACAAUUUCUGUAGUGAAAUUUGAUUAAUUUACUCCUAUUGUAAUCCUACUUUUCACUCUAGAAUUUAAAAGAGUUUUAGCAAGGUAGCUAUUUUGGUCUUUGUGGCAGGUGCUGUCAAGAUGAUAGAUGAUAGUUUCACUUCAUAUUGCUUUAAAUUCUAGCCAGUAUCAUGGGCUAUUAUUAGGGAAGAAGUCUUGAGGAAAUCAAGGGUUCAUGUUUGCUUUUUAGGACUUCGGGAGAGAACUUGAUUUUGGUUAAAUUAAUUGUUCACCAGUGGUGUUGAUAGCAGAGGCAGAUACCAUGCAUUUGGGAGAGAGGGACAUGGGACAGUAUACUUUCUUUUAAAAGAAGGAGAUAAUCUAGUGGGCUUUUUACUAUGUAACGUGUUGGAAACUGUAUUUCUAAAAAGUCUGUAAAAGUAUUUUCUUGCAAGAUUGAUGAUUGGAAUUUUAAAAAGGAGAGAUAAAAUAUUUUUUUUUUGCUAAGAGUUUAUGCAUUCUUCGGAUUGUAGUAACAUUAAAAUCAUAUAUUUUACUACUCCUUCUAGAAAAUAAACAGAGCCACACUAGUCAACAGAGAAUGUUGUCAAUGUUAGGUUGCUGUUCGUCAUGGUACUGUAGCUAAACAUUCAUAGCUGCCUUUAAAAUUGAUUUUUGCCAGUAAUGUCUUGGGUGUGUUGUGGAAACUAUGGUGCCUUAGGCUGGCUCUGAAUAGUACUUUUCUGUAUCUGCUAAUAAAUGCCACUAUCAAAAAUUCAA